GAGAAGUAUUUUGAAUUGGAGCGUUGAGUCGGGAUUCUUCAGCAUACGUGACCUGGACUACUCUUAUGAAGGAAGUUUUGAAGAAAACAUGUAUUCCUGACCACGAAAAGUCACGGGAUGAAUGGAGCAGGAUACUAAGAAAACUACUAAGUCCUCAGGAAAUUCUCUUACCUGACGGUACUAUUAACCAAGACUAUUUCAAACCUGCUGUAUACAAAAAAAAUAAAGUUUUUUCACUAGAUAGAGAAAAGAUUUGGGGUUCUUAUGAGUGGACGCAGUUAAAAACUGCCUUGUGUACCUAUGCUGUUGGAGAGUGGCAUCAAAUCAGAGAGAACUAUUUGACGCGGUGGUCUGAAGAAAGCAUUGAAGAACAAACGAAAUACAUUCUUGGUGUUAGUGAUAUUGGGCCGUAUAGAGGAUGGAAAGCAACAAGCUGUAAUGAAAUCGACGAGGUUCUGGAGAAGAAUCGGAACAUAGCCGUUGAACAGGGCCGUUGGAUUGAAAAUCUCUACGUGGCGGACAGCAUAGAGAGUUUGGAAGGAACUGAGCGUAUAAGUGAGUCUUAGAUAUAAAUUCGCGUAUAUUACGAUUAUAGAAUAUCGAAGUUAUGAUAGGGUGACUUCUUUGAGUUUGACACAUCUUUACGUCUGUAGAGUCUUGAACGGCAUAUCGUAUUCUAUCGAAAAUACUUCUUUUUACAGCAAUUACAACAUGACUUCUCAAUAAAAUAUAUUGUUCUGCGUUCAACCAGAGGCAGUCUUAUAAACAUUAUCCGAAAAUA